GGGGAAGACCGUGCUGUGGCCAGAUUGGCUGUUGCCAGGAGCCAGCGUGUGAUUGGCAGGGCCGUGGAUGAAUUCUGCUCUGCAAGGGCACACCCUCACAUUCUCCGGUAUCGAGUUUUGCCCUGUUACUUUGUGUAUGUGUGCACGGAGGGAGCGGAUGACAGGGUGUACCUGGUGCCUUGUGCUGAUGAAAGUAUCUGGAUUUUACCAUGACCACUUCUUCACAUUCAUAGGCGUGCUGACUGGGAUUCUAUCGAGAUGCUGUAAGGGCUGUGCGUUCCUCUUCAGAUCUGAAAUCUUUUCAACGUGUCCACUUUUGUUAAAGGGAAUUGAAUGUUUGCUGCCAAAUCAGUAGCUCAGUUGGUGGAUUAUGGGGACAACUGCCAGUGCUGCUCAGCAAACUGUAUCGACAGGACAGUGCAGUGACAACGGGCAGAGCAAUGGGACCACGGACAGCAGGCGUUCAAUCAGUGUCAACUCCUUCCAGACCCUCAGCAUUCACAAUAAGGCCAAAUCCAUCAUCACCAACAAGGUUGCACCUGUGUUGAUCACGUAUAACUGCAAAGAAGAGUUUCAGAUUCAUGAUGAUUUGUUCAAGGCAAAUUUUACUGUUGGGAGGAUUUCAGAUAACUUGCCAGAACACCAUCUGGUUCAGGGAAAAUAUUUCAUGGUUGUUGACAUCUACAGCAAGAUAGAUGUCUUGAACACUAUGGACAGCCAUGGAGUGCCCAACUUCAGGCAGGCCAAGGGGAACUACCCAGUGUUUGGAAUGGGCCAACCUAGUCUUAACGGCUUUAAGAAGGUUCUCCAAAUAUUUCAACAAGAAGGUUAUGAGGAAAUUCUGUAUUUCUGUGUUCGAGAGGAACCUGUGGUCUUCUUGCGUGUGGAAAAUGACUUUAUUCCAUACACUCCCAGGCGGAAAGAAAACCUUCAUGAGAAUCUUCAGAACCUAGGGAGAGACGUGCAAGUGGAACAACUGGAGCUGAGCAUCAGGAAGGAGGUAGAGUGGGACUUUGCCCAACUGAGUGAAAAUAUCAAUUAUGUCUAUAAUGACAUAGAACACUUCAAGGAUGAGCCUCGAGCCAUUCCUAUCUGCUGUGAAGAGGACAUCCAUGUAACAGAAGAAGUUUACAAAAGGCCUUUCUUUACCAAGUCUUCUUGCAGGUACCAUCGACUGCCACUGUCCAUGGAUGGGCUGCAGCUUCAAGCACAAAUAGACACCUUUAUUAAUUCACUCAGGGAGAUGCCAAAUCUUUUGCUCCUUCAGGAGUCCAAAAGACCUCCUGCGUUAGUCUUCAGCUGUCAAGUUGGAGUUGGCAGGACGAAUUUAGCAAUGAUUCUGGGAGUUCUUGUGCUGUAUCACAGGAAAGGCUUACCCGAAAAAUUGGGAGCUGACCAGAACACCAGCAUUAAAAAGAGGGAGCAACUGCAGGUUAUCGAAAACUUUGUCAAGGCCCUACCUAAAGGACAACAAAUUGUGGAUGAGGUGGAUGGAGCCAUUACACUGUGUUCUGAAAUGCAUGACAUUAAAGAAGCUAUUUAUGAAUACAAGCAGAAGUUGGAGGCCAUUGGAGAGACUUGCCAGGUCCAGGGAAAUAGCACCAAGGAAUAUUUUCUCCAGAGAGUUCUACAGAGCACAGAGUGCUAUUUCUAUCUUGUUGCUUUUAACUACUAUCUUCAUGAACAGUAUCCUUUGGCCUUUUCACUUAACUUCAGUAAGUGGAUGUGCAGACACCCCUGGAUGUUUAGGCUCUUGGCUGGCAUGGAUGUAUCUGAGCUUACAGCACCUUGUGACUUGAUAACAAAAGGCAUCAGACUGUUGGUCGCGGAUGAAGCUCAAGAUGUGCUCAGCACUGUGAAAGAAAUGAAAGUGGCCAAUUUUAGAAGGGUUCCAAAAAUGCCAAUCUAUGGCAUGGCACAGCCCAGUUUAGAGGCAUGUGGCUUAGUCCUGACUUACCUGGCGGACAGUAAGAGGAACUAUACCAACAUUCUGUGGGUGACCUUGCGAGAGGAAGUGGUGCUGGAAGGGAAUGGUCAAAUGUACACUCCCCGGGAACCAGCCUGCUUGGAGCAGCCCAUCAGUGUACCCACUGAGUCACCAGAGCAAUUGGAGAAACUAGAGAGCAGCCUUAAAAAUGAGAUCCUGGCAUCGCAGAAGUUGCUUGAAGUGCGCCUUGGCGAAGAAAAGCAGAUGAAACUGUUUAAAAGCUGCCUUACCAUGCAGGAAAUUUUCAACCAACUUAAAGGUUCCCAUCCAGGCCUGCUUUACAGACGUAUUCCCAUCCUCGACUGUGGCGCCCCAAGAGAAACGGAUUUUGAUAAGUUGAUGGAAGCCAUAAAAAUGGUUUUAACAGAAGAUUCCUGUUCAGCAGUCGUCUUUAACUGCCAUAAUGGGAAAGGAAGGACCACCACUGCCAUGGUGAUAUCUGUGCUCAUUUUCUGGCACCUCAAGGGUAUUCCCGAAAACAGUGAGGAUGAACUUGUGAGUGUGCCAGACGCCAAAUACACAAAGGGAGAAUUUGAGGUUGUGAUGCAAAUAGUUCGACUCCUGCCGGAAGGGCAUAAAAUGAAGAGGGAAGUGGAUUUGGCCCUGGACGCUGUGAGCGAGACCAUGACUCCCAUGCAUUACCAUCUGAGAGAAAUCAUUAUCUGCACUUACAGACAGAUAAAAACAGCAAAAUCGGAAAAAGAAGUACAGUUGUUGCAACUACGAAGCCUGCAGUAUCUUGAACGAUAUAUUUACCUCAUUCUCUUCAACACCUACUUGCAUCUUGAAAAGAAAGAUACCUGGCAAAGACCCUUCAGCAUUUGGAUGAAUGAGGUCGCUGCGAAAGCAGGUGUUUAUGAGAUCCUGAAUCGCUUGGGGUUCCUUGAAUUUGAAGAGCCUGAAAACACACCACUUUCUCGACUAUGCUACCGCUGGUUGCAACAGUGUACGAAUACACUUCCAUUCCGAGGAGAGUUUAUUUAGUUUGUGGACCUAUAAUUUACCAGAUAUCUAUUGAUUGGUCAACAGUCGUACACAUUUACUUUCCAAAAUCUUAAAGAACUGCCUGAUUUAUCCUGGCCAAAUAAUGCUGAAAAAUGUGGCAAAUGGAUAAACCUUUGAAUCAAAUUGACAGGGCUGUAGAGAGACAGCAGUACAGUGUGAUUAAUUUUGAACUAACAUAGCAAAGAGCCAACACUGAUAACAAGAGUAAGAAGUUUUAACAUAAAACUUCUUACUCUUGUUAUCAUCCAGAAAUUUGUAGCUUGAAAUUCAUCAGAGAGAACUCUUCAACCAAAAAAAAAGAACAGGACUUAAGUCAUCCCAUUAUGACCUACUGUUACUUCAUUGUUGGCAAUGAUCAAUUUAAUAAUCCCUAUAAGUUAGCAUUGUUAGGCUGUCAUAGAAGUGAAUAAUACUACAAGCUGGUAUGUAACCUAACUAGAGGUAGGGUUAAAGUAUUCAACAGCAUGUUCAUGGUAAAUGUGGAAUAUAAUAAUUGAAGGUCACUGAAUAGGAAAACAGCAAAUUCUGGAAGCAGAAUCCAUCAUUCACUUUUUAAAUAUUUAUCACUGACCCAUCCAUGCAUCCUUCAUUUUUUAGGACUGCAAUGCACAAUAUUGUAAACAAUGUUAAAUUUAUAAUAUGUCAUAUCACACUUGUGUAUUGUCACUUGGAUUUUCAGAUCCUGAAUGUGAUGUUCAACUCCAACCAUUGUGCUCUGUAUUAAAUGUGGUACAUUAACUUCCAUUGGAUAUGUUGCAUUCAUUUAGCACAAAAUACAACUGAAAUGAAAUGCAUUGCUUAACUUUCCUACCUAGAUUCCAGAUGCAUUAUUUUCCUCUCCAGUGAACUCUAUUGAACUACAGAUUGGUUUGGUGCAUUGACAGUUUUAUGCCAGUGUUGUUGAAUGCAAGAGUUAUCAAAAUCAAUGUUAUUUUCUGGCACAAAGCUUAUCUGUGUUAUGCAUUUUAAAUAGUGAUAUCUUUGGGCUUUUGCUCAAUAUAUAAUUUAAUCAAAAUCUUUUCAAAAAUUGCAAAUAUUUUUAUAAUUAUAAUAAUUAGUAAAAACUACAUUGGAUCUAUAACAUGGCUCAUUUAAAAAUAAGAGGUUUUCACCUGAGUCACCUUUAGAGGACAUACACCUGCUUAAUCAAAUAGUGAAUAAGUAUACUUUUGAUAUUUGAAAUGGAAUUGUAAAUACAGUGAUUAUUUUUCUAAACUUAGAGAAUUUAUGUAUUUAAAACAUAUUAUCAUGAAUAAUCUUAAUGACAGUGGAUGUGUUGAAAUUUACACCUUUCCUGAUUUUUCUUCCCCAUAACCACCUUUUCUUCCAAAAGACAGAAUCUACCUGCUAUUAAUGUAAUUUAUCUUUAAUGAUCUUUAAGCUACUUUAUCAAACCAAAAGCAGAAUAUUGGUUUCCAAUGUAGAAAAAAGUAACAUUAAAACAGAAAUUUACUUGAACUGCAAUUUGAAACCGUAAUAAGUAUCAAGUCCGACAUUUAGAAUAGUUUCUGCAGUUUAUUCUUAAUGUUGGUUUUAUGGUUUUUGUGUUUUCAUAUUUUGCAAGAGUUUGGCCUUUUUCCACUUAAUGUUGUUGCUAGUUGUCCUUCAGUGCACAAUGAAAAAAGCUGAAUGCUUUUCAAUUGCAAUUAAAGGAUUAUUAAUGAUUGUGGAAUCAUGAUUUUCAUACAUAUGUAGCAGUCACUGCAGAGGUUUGAGUUUUGCCAAAUAACAUACCUUUGCUUUCCAGCUGGAGAGAGAUCAGUUCUGAAUCUUGCCACAGGCAAUUGUUAAGUUGGAAAUUAAAUGGAAGCACAGAGGCUAUGCUGGGAAUGGGAAGCAGAUGUAUGGGAGAGAAGAAAGGAGUGUCUAGUCCUGAAUACAUAUAAUGGACAUUAAAGAACCCAAAAUGCAUACUGCAUCCUUUUUGUUGAACUAGAUGGUGGACUAUUGCACAUUGUAGAAUUUGUCACCAAGACUGUUCAUGUACAUUUGCUCCCAAAUUAGCAUAUGACACCGUAUACUUGUAUUUCCCUUUAUUCUUCCCUUCAUUUCUUUUUUAUUCACCUUUUACGUUAGAGGCAAACACUGCCACAUUUUCACCAGUUGGUGAGCCGUUCUGAGAUUCAGUAGUUUUCAAGUGAGAGUCGGGAAUAGCCGUGCUGCUGGUUUUGUUUAUGUUUUUAUUGGAGCUGUUCCCAAUCAUAUGUAAUUCGUAAAAAGUUUGAUACAAUGUCUGAAGAGCAGCAAAUGGAUCAUCUAGACCAGCUGCAAACAGAUUAUUUUUGUUCAUUACAUUAUCCUUGGUUACAAAAUGACAAAUUAUGAUACACAUUUCAGUAUUAACAAUUUUGCUUUGAUUGUGGAUUAAAUUUGAAAUAAAGACUAUAGCAAAAUA